AUGUCAUUAUUUCAACCGCCGGGAACUGCCAUUUUAGCAUCGUGUGGGGUGCGGUUGAGUAAGCCGGACUGUGUUUUGAAAUUAUUUUGAAGGUUUUAUUAUUGCUGAAAUGUCUUCCAAAACUAGAAAAUCCACAGCGUCUUCGUCUCAGCGAGAAAGUGAAAGAUCCUCAGCCGAGAAAAUUAGUCCAACGAAAAAAUCCACGCCGUUAAGUCCAGCCCGGUUAACACGGUUGGAGGAGAAGAAACAGCUUCAAAAUUUGAAUGACCGUUUAGCUGUUUACAUUGAUAGAGUUCGUUAUUUAGAAGGAGAAAACAAUCGGUUGUCUUCUCAGGUAACCACUGUUGAAGAGAAAUACGAAAGGGAAGUUAGAAGUACCAAAGAAUUCUAUGAAAGCGAAAUAAAUAAUUUGAGGUCUUCGCUUGAUAAUAUUGCCGCCGAAAAGGCUCAGUUAGUGUUGGAAUUGCAGCAUGCACAUGCAGACAAAGUGGAAUGCCAAAAAAAAUUGUCCAAAAAAGAAAAGGAAUUAGCUUCUGAAGAAAAGAAAUCUCUUAAUCUUGAGUCUCGGAAUCAAGAACUCCAAAAUGAAGUCAAUCGUCUUAAGAUUGAAAAUCAAAGAUUGGAAGAGAAGAUCAAGGAUAUUUCAAUGGAAAAUAGAUCGCUAUCAGAUUUAUUGGACAUGGCCAAAAAAGAAUCGGAUGAUAAGACAUUGAAGAUAACUGAUCUACAAAACAGACUUCAAACUUUGAAAGAGGAAUUGACUUUCAAAGAAACAAUUCAUGAAAAGGAACUCUCAGAUUCAAGAAUAUUCAAAACAGUUGAAAUUUCUACUAUUGAUUCCAGUAUUCGAGAAGAUUAUGACCAGAAAUUAGCUGACAGUUUGAGAGAACUUCGAGACCAGUAUGAGUCGCAGAUGAAGAUAAAUAGUGAAGAAAUAGUAUCUAUGUAUGAAAGAAAGCUGUUUGAUCUUCAAAAAGAGUUGGAGCAAAAACUUAAAUCUACUCAAGGGAAAGAAGAAGAAACCAGGACAAUUAAAACAAAGGUUGAAUAUUUAUCAUCCAAAGUUUCAGAAUUGGAAACUCAGAAUGGAUCUUUGAAGAAUAGAAUAAAAGAUUUAGAGGCACUUUUGGAGCAAGAAAGAGAAUGGAAUCAUCUUGCCAUGCAGUCUAAAGAAGAGGAAUUAAGAAAUUUGAGAGAAGAAUCUCAAAAACAACUUGUAGAAUAUCAAGAUCUGUUAGGCAUAAAAGUUGCUUUGGAUAUGGAAAUUGCUGCAUAUCGUAAAUUAUUAGAAGGAGAAGAGGCCAGACUUAACAUAUCUCGAGAGGAAUCAGCUGGUGGUGAAACUGUUGGGCGUAGUACUCCAGUUCGUCGUACUCCUUUGAGAAGUACAAAAAGAAAACGUGCUUACUUUGAAUCUGGAGAAAAGUCUGUUAGUGAUUCUCAAGUUUCAGCUUCUUCAAAAAGUGAUGUUGAGAUCCAUGAUCAUGAUUCAGAAGGAAAAUUCAUUAAACUGUACAACAAAGGAAACACAGAAAUUCCACUGGGUGGCUGGCAACUAAUUCGCAGAGCUGGGGAACAAGAAACUAUUUAUAAAUUUCACAGAACUACAGUGAUAAAGAGUAAUUCUUAUAUUACAGUAUGGAGCUCUGAUGCAGGUGUUGCACAUAAUCCUCCAACUGACUUUGUUAUGAAAGGACAGAGGUGGUUUGUGGCUGAUAACAUGAGUUCUGUUCUCUUAAAUAAUAAUGGAGAAGAAAUGGCAGUGAGGGAAACUUCAAAGAAAUUUCACAAAUCAUUAGAGCAGAGAGUAUUGGAUACUACUUCUUAUCCGUCUGAAUAUGCACCUGAAGACAUCUAUCAUCAGCAGGGUGACUUUAAAGAGAGGUGCUGCAUUAUGUAGUCAAAAAAAGAUAAAUUUGCUUUCAUCAAGAGUCAAACUAUCAACUUUUAAAAAUAUUUUUAGAUUUUUGAAUAAUUGUCAUGAAGAUUUCAUUGUUUUAAUGCAGUGCAAUCAUGGAAUCUUUUAACAAAUCAAGAAUUAUUUUGUAAUUCUUUAUACCAGUUUUCACUGCCUACUUAUUUGUAUUUUAUUGAAUUUUUUUUCUGUAUUCUGUGUUUGAUUUCCUUUUAUGUAACUAUAAAGUAAUAAGUUUUUGUAUCAAUAUAUAAGUAUAAUUCUUUUGGAAAUAUUCAAUGCAGUAUAGAUUUUAAAAUUAAAGAAAGUCAAUUUAUUAUCUACUGCUGAAUUUUUGCUUAGAUUUAUUAAUCUAUGUUUUUUUUUUUAAUUGGCAUAAUUCAAAUGAAAAAUUCUGGUUUUAUUACUUUACAUACUUUUUAUUCAUAAUAUCAACAUGAAUUGUUAUGCACUCUUAUAAUUAUAAAAUUCAUUAAGUAUUGAGUACAAUUCAUCCUCAUCACUC